AUGGCCUUGACCCCAGAAGAUGUUGCUCAUCUUGUGAGGGCAGCAACAGCUGCAGCCGAGAGUGCCUCGAAAGCGGCUCUGGCAGCCGAGAGAGCUUCGCAGAGCAGCAAGGGCACAGGAAGGGCUGGAUUCUCGGAAGCCUCCAAAGUCUGUAAGUGUCCAGACAGCUUUGGUGGUGGCACAGUCGAAGAUGACCAGACAAAGUGGGCUGAUUUUUCGAUGGCGUUCAAGGCAUGGCUGUAUUAUGGCGAUGAGAUGUUUCGCAGAGCUCUUCAAGUUCUGCGGGCGACUAGCGAGCAGCAUGGCUAUGAGGUCUGGCGACAACUUGUAAAUCUUUAUAGCCCCCACACCAAGCAGAGGAGUCUGGGGAUCAUGACAGCGUUGAUGAGUUUUCCUUCGUUUUCGAAGGAUAGAUCGUAUCUCGAACAAAUACAAGGGCUAGAUCGGUUAGCCGAAGAGUUUCGCAAGUCCUCGGGCAAGGCGGUGCAGGACGAAAUGAUGCUGGGGAUCCUCACUAAAGCUUUGCCAGCACAUGUGCGACAACAAGUUCAGCUUUCCAUGUCUGAGUCUUCAACCUAUGCAGAAGUGCGAGAACGCGUGCUGUCUUUUGAGACUGUGUCGCAUGUGUACAAUGCUUCGAAGAUCCAGCAAGAGUUUGGCGUCGGUGCUGUCUACAAUGGUCCUCAACCUAUGGAAAUAGAUUUGGUUUCCAAGGGCAAAGGUAAGUGGUGGACCAAAAACAACCAAAAGGGUGACUACAAAGGAAAGAAGGGCGAUGGAACAAAAGGAGGCCACAAAGAUGAUAGGACAAACAAAGGCAAGGGCAAGGGUGACAAAUCGGGUUCUGGAAAAGCUUCAGCUGACAAGGGCAAAGCUAAAGGGCAGGGCCAGGACAAAGCAGGAGCAAUCAGAAGGGUUUUGCAGUCCUCUAGUGCACCCAGAGCCUUUGCAUUCUUUGAUUUGACGAGUCAAGAUGAGUGUUACAAAGGGAGUGUUCGCAUGGUAGAGCAGUACGACAUGUCUUACAGCGACAACGAUGAACAGUGGACAGAAUGUGGAGAUAUAGAGUUGAUUUUGGACUCGGGAGCCGACCAUAGCGCAUUGCCUCUUCGUUUUGCCUCGAUUGGCAAACCAGCAGGCGACUCAGGACAUACCUUCGUGGAUGCACAAGGGAAUGAUCUUCUUGUUGCACAGGUCCGAGUAGCAGAGGUUACCUUGGGUGACAUGUGCUUCAAAGAAAAUUUCAUCAUCGCUCCUGUCAACAAUCCACUUCUUUGUCUGGGGCGUCUUUACAAAGCUGGGUUUGAGGUGCGAAAAUGGAAUGAUCAACUUCAGCUUGGAUGUGAAGAUCAUGCUGUUCCAGUGGAGUUCAGGCGAAACAGUUUGGCAGUUCAGGGUUCAAUCCGAAUGUUGGAGCAAGCCAGGACGGGAACUGAUGAGCGACUCCAUGUGCGAGCCAUCACUUUGCGAUCAGUGAAGCAGUUUAUCAAGUUGGACGAUUACGAAGCGGGCUUGCCUAAUCCUCAGAACAUCGAGCUGGUGAUGACCAUUGCGCACGAUCACGAAGUAAGCCCCGAAGAGCUUGGUUUCGAGUUUGACGCUGAGCCCGGUGAAGCAAUGCCAAGGCAUGGUGUUAGUCUUCAUGCAGGUGUUGGUGUGGUUGAUGAAAGUCAGGAGCCUGAGCAAGCCGAAGCAGUACCCGCAGCUCCUGAUGAAGCCGAAGUACCUGUAGAGCAGCGACAUGUCCCACUUGCCGACAAUGAGGUUGAGAUUGAUGGGGUCCGUUUGGACCUGAACUCGACACUGCAGGCCUUGAGAGCAGGUUGCGUUGCUCUUGGAUUGACAAAGCGAGGGAGCAAGAAGCAAUGUCUAGAGCGACUGCGACGCCACAUCCAGGAACAUGCUUUGUUGGCAGAGCACCAGGCGGUGGCUGCAGCAGUUGGUGACUCAGAAAGGAAGCCUCGUGGUGUGACUGAGCCAGGAAAUCCGACUCCCGAGCAGGAGACAGAGGAACAUCUUCUGACAGUCCUGGUGGUUCACGAUCGGCAGUGGUUCGAAGUGCAGAGCGAGCAUGCAGACAACUGGGUAUUAAGGCUGGGGCGAGAUGGUGUAAAGGACCGUUGGAGUCUUGAGCGCUGUGGAGAGGUGACUUUGGCUCCUUGGGAACAUGGCUUUGCUAGUUUGGGUGGCAAGCUGGUGGUGAACAAGCGGAUUGUGGCACCUCAAGUGGCAGCCCCGACUCCUAAUCCUGCACCUAGUCCUGCGUUGCUUGGAGCUGGCGAAGAAUCAGAACGGGUCAGCAGCUCAGGCGAAAGCAGAAGGACCAGCGAUGUUGAGGAGCCUGAGAUGCCGGCCGAGGCGGGGACCACUGAGAUGCCUAUGAUUCACAGCAGGAGUGAAACCAGCGAUACGUCGAUGUCACUGCCGAGUACUGGGUCGUCCAGUGAGCUUGUGCCAGAUGAGGCCAUGGCUUCAAGGACGAGAACAGCAGAACAGGCAGCUAGUGAUGUGGCUACUGGGUUGAGUGAAAAUCCUAGAAGCCCCAAGGCACCGAAGGUGAGACAUGAAGUCAAUCGACUGGAGUUUGCUUGUGUGUGCCAGAUCAGCGACAACAAGUAUGAACAUGAAGAUGAGGCCAUCGAGUGGACCUUGUCUCCCGAAGAGCUCGAUGACCUGGAAGAGUAUGAUCAUUCAAUCGAGGCAGAGCGAUAUGAAGAAAUCGACUGGGAGAACGUUGAGGCGCAGCUGGUGUUUCCUCGAGACACAGAACAUGCGCCGUGCUUGGAUGAAUCUGCGCUAGCUGCGUUGGACAGAUUGGCUGAUGAGUACGAACUCAAGCGGCUGACAGAUAUGAAGGUGCUACUUCCGCCAGACUCGAAAGAGGGACCGCUGGUUGGUCGCGAAAACCCCAAGCAGCUCAGCACCAAGAUGGUGCGAACGUGGCGGGAGAAACAAAUGCCUGAUACUGUGACCAAGGUCAUGCGCCCAGUGUGGCUUCGGCGCAGCAGGUACGUAGCUCGAGAGUUCAAUUGGUUGAGUCCUGAGCGAGAAGGUUUGUAUGCGCCAGCUAGCAGCGCAUUGAUGACCAAGGUUUUACCUUCGCUUUACACGUACUUGCAGGCCAGGGAUGGAGACUGGGUGCUGGGAUCGAUGGAUGUGUCAGACGCAUUCCUCAUGGUUGAGCAGGAGGUGGCAACUGAAGUGAGCUAUCAGGACCCAGAUGGAAGAGCAAGGAAAUUUCUUUUGGGAAGACUUCUGCCAGGACAACGCGAUGGGACAGCAAAGUGGCAUCGGAAGCUGAGUCAAUGCCUAGAAACCGAUGUGAAUGCUACAGCUUGCGCUGCGUAUCCGAGUGCUUUUCGCUGCAACACUCCUCAUGGUGUAGUUUUCUUGCAAACACAUGUGGAUGACAUCGAGUUCUUGGGAAAGCGAGCAGCUGUGAAGCAAGAUUUUAAACCCGCCAUGGAGAAGCACUUCAAGGUUUCAUGUCAGCUUUUGGAGAAGCCCGGAGACACUAUGACAUUUUUGAAGAGGUUGCAUGUGUUGGGUGAGGGAAACACCCUGACCAUUACCCCACAUCCAAAACAUGUUGAAAGGCUUAUGGAGCUUAUGGAUCUGGAACCUCACAUGUGCAACAAGAAGUGCCCUCUGAUGCCAGGAUAUACCGAAAUCGAUGUGAGUUCAGCUUUGGACGUGCAGAAAACUGCAGUAUUUCGUACAUGCAUAGGCGUUCUGCUUUAUAUGUCAGCUGACUUAAUCGAAGCCCAGAACAGUAUCCGUUUCCUUUCGCAAAGAAUGAGCAGUCCGAGCAUGCGAGAUUUUCGAAUGUUGCGACAUUUGGUGCAGUAUCUAGGAGCGACUACAAACCAGGGAUUGCUCAUGACGCCUGAGAAAGGUGGUCUGUUAGGCCACGAGUAUGAUCGCGAGUGGGUUCUGGAAGCCUUCUCUGACAGUGAUUGGGCCUCCCAGAAGGGAGAUCGGAAAAGUGUGAGCUCUGGAGUUGUGGCUUUGCAAGGAAACGUUAUUUAUACGUCGUGCAGGUCCCAAAGAACGAUUGCACUUUCGAGUGCAGAAGCCGAGCUAUAUGCGAGUGCAGGCGUUUUAGCAGACUGCAUGUUGCUGCAAGUUGUCCUGUGCACCAUGUUGGAGAUUGAGGUUGAAGCAUUGCCGAUUGAGUUGCAUAUGGAUAGCUCUGCAGGCCGACAAGUGUGGAUGAGAUCUGGUGUUGGUAGAAUCCGUCACCUUUCAUGUCGUGUAUUGUGGGUACAACAACAUGUGAUGAAUGGGCGAGUUAAAGUUUCGCAUUUGAGAGGUGAGCUCAAUCCUGCUGAUGUGUCCACAAAGCUGUUAACAAGAAGUCGUAUGCGAUUCCUGAUGUACCUCAUGAAGGUCGUUGAUGCGUACACACAUGAGAGGAUUGGAGAGACAGAGUACAACCUGUAUCUAGAAAAGCGAACAAUGCAGAUUGCAAUUCAGCAAGUGAAGCGCCUUGAGCCUGGGAAGAUGAAUGGCAGAGCAAAGCAGGCCAUUCGUGGCUUGGUGAUUGCUUCGCUCACUUCGAGUGGGAUGGCAAGCGAGUUGAGCGAGGAAAUGGUGUGUAUCUCGAUGACUUCAACAACAGGUACCGGGCAAUUUGUCAUGACAGUGUUGGUGGUGAUGGUUUGCAUGGGCUUAGGUGCGUUGUGGCUGAGAUUCACAAGGGUGAGCGAGCCAGUGCAGACAAAUGGGCGACCAGCAGCAAACAUGGGAGAUGAUGCUGAAACCCAGACAGACGAGCGACAUUUUCUCUACAAGUACCACACCGAGAACAUCAUGAGAGAGAGAGCAAGCGAGAUUGAGAGACUUCGAGAACUUUCGAAUCAGCUUGGAGCCGAAUGUAGAGGGCUACGAGAGUGGAACACUCGGCUUCAGGAGUCAGAGACACAGUUGCUUGCACAAGUGCAAGAACUUCAGCAAGUGCAAAAUCCGACACGGGGCGAGAUCGUAAUGACAGGUGCAGAGACUGCGCUCAUCGUGAUGGCGAUUGCGCUUUGUGGCUUUACAAAAGUUUUCAUUUUCGGCAUGCGUGGAUUUGGAAACCGGUUCGUUGACAUCACGAUGGCGUUGCCUCAUGAGGGUUGCAGCUUCAGGAGCACUGUUGCUAAGUGCCCCGAACCCAAUCAGUGGGAGAUUCUUGAGUGGUGCGAGAGCAUCGUUGAUGCUUCCGAUCUGAGUGGACCUUUGCCUGAGAAUGCCACCCGUGAGUUGAUCGUGUUCGCCACUCGCAAGAUUGUUUCCCCAGAUGAGCUUGGGUUGACAGUUGCAAGUGACUCAGCCGAGUCAAGCAGACCUCAUGUGUUGCCACCACCACCUGAAGAGCCUGAAAAUAUGGACCAGGACGAGCCACAACAGCAUGCAGCCGUUGCACCCGAUCCCGGGGCCGAACUGCAAGUUGAUGCAGCCCUGCGUGACGAGGUUGCAGCAGAUGAUGAUGGGACACUCGUCGUUGACGGUGUGUCGUUGAGCCUUGAAUCGACCCUUGCUGUUUUGAGGCAAGCUGCUCAGUCACUGGGGCUUGGUCGUUCCGGUGGUAAGUCCACUGUGCUGAAGCGCAUUAGAGAUCACUUGGCCCGCCAGGACUUGAUUGCUGCCCAUCAGGCCCGGCAGCAGCUUGCUGCUGCUGAAGAGCGUGUGCCAGUGGAGCAGAAACAUGUUACAGCACCAAGUGAAGAUGCAUACCGUCAACACUGCCUUACCCACACACCUUAUAAAGAGUGGUGUGCCCACUGUGUUGCCUUCCGUGCAAGGUCCGACAGGCAUGAGGCCAAGACCGAAGACCGUCGUGCAAGUUCCGUCUUGUGCUUUGAUUUUGCAUAUACCAGCAGGGUUGAUGGGGGUGACAAGUUGUGCUGCCUGGUUGCAUACGACACGCAAACUAAGUGGUUGCAAGCAUGGCCGGUGCCGAGCAAAGGUGGAACUGCUUGCCGUAACUACAUGGCAGUUGAGCUGACCAAGCUGCUGUCGUACCUUGGGCACAGACGAAUCACCCUUCGUGCUGACCCAGAGGGGUCAUGCACUGCGCUUGCGAAUGCAGUCCAGGCACUCAGGCACCGCGUUGGCAUGGAGACCCACAUAGAGCAAACCCCAGUGGGGGAGCACCAAGGCAACCAUGCAGAAGGUGCCAUUGAGCGCAUCAGACAGCUCACAGGGACAAUGCUCUCUGAGCUCGAGGGCAGAUUGAACAUCAAGAUCAAGACUUUCGACCCGUUGCAUCACUGGUGUUGGCGUCAUGCCAGCUGGACCCUUCAGCGGUUUGGUGUCACGCAAAACCUCACACCUUGGGAGAGAGUGCAUGCAUCACCAUAUGGAGGCAAACUUGUCCGUUUUGCAGAAUGUGUCCUGGCACGUGUAAAGACUGCUACAAAGGGCAAACCUCGGUGGCUUCGGGCCAUGUGGUUGGGAAAGUCAGAUGUUUCUGAUUGUCACCUUGUUUGCACUUCAUCAGGUCGCCUUGUGGUCGCCAGAUCAGUCCGUCGAACCACGUGUGAGUAUGAUCCCAGCCUCUUGCCUGCGUUGCGAGACACACCUGACAAGCAUGUGUCAUUCCUUGCUGGACGUGUCGGAGCAAGUCGCAAUCAACUUGCACCAAAGCCAGUCACAGAGGAAGGCCCCGGCAGUGGGAGUGAGGUUGCAGCCAGCGACCCGCCAACAGAGAAUGAAGAUGUCUUCGACAAUCCCCAUGACAUUGCACUCGCCCCUUCUUCUGUGAGAUUGCCAGCCGAUGUCGACCUCCUGCCCAGGAACCAUCACAACCUUCCAGACUUCCACCACGAUCAGCGCCUCCUGAGAGCGCACUGGCCACAGGUUCAUGAAAGAGCUGAAUUUGAUAGUGAUGUUCAGGAAGCAAAGCGCCAGAGGAUCCGGGCAGUGAAUUCCCAUCACCACAACGAUGAAGUCGUUCACUUAGAAGACCUAGGCCUUGGGUCAGACACUGACCUCAACGAGUCAGUUGAGGAUCCGCCUGCUUGGAAUGCAACCGACAACUUCGAAGAUGCCAAGAACAUCCCUGAAGAGUUGUGGAGGCUUUUUGGGGCCGGUGAGCCUCAGCUGUCAAGUGAAGAAUUGGCCCACAUUGACGACAUAGCUGAAGCAUUCGAGUUAGCCCGACUUGAAACCAUGAAUGUUCUUGAAAGGUGGCUCAGUGCCAUGGUGGACAACGAAGUGUUUGCACCUGCAUCGUCGAAUGCACUUCUUCGUGUGCUGCCAGCUGCGCUUGUUGCACGUCAGCCUGAGGGCUGGACAGCCCUAUCUUUGGACGUUGCAGAUGCCUAUCUGACGGUUCCGCAAGCCGUCGAUACCAUCGUGACCAUAUGGGUGAGAGGUGAGCAAAGAUACUACAAGCUACUCCGAAACCUCCCAGGCCAACGCUCAGGAGCCAAGGAUUGGUUCCAAGCGUUUCAAGCACACCUGAUAAAGGAAAUGGCCAUUGAACCGCUGGUAGAAGCCCCAGCACUGUUCUUCAUUCCUGGAAGUUCAGAUGAGGGCCAUGGCGGGGGAGGCGGGGGUCUUUGCCACGUUGAUGAUCUUUUUGCAGUCGGGUCCGAUCCGACCAUGCAGAGGCUCAGUGAGUGUGUGAAGUCCAGGUAUCGCUGCACAAUUUCCUUUUUGAGACAACCCGACGAUGAGGUCAGUUUCUUAAAACGGAGACACAGAUGGGUCAAGGGUGACGUUUUCUGCAUUAGCCCAAACCCUAAGCACGUCGUAGAUCUUGCAAGAAUCCUUGGCGUUGCCGCACAGCGCCCAAAGGACAGUCCUUUACCAACAGGCACGCUUCCUUUAUGGACACAGCUAACGCCACUUGAUGAGGAGAAGUCAGGAAUCUACAGAAAGUGCAUUGGGGUACUGCUUUAUGUGUCAAGCGAUUAUCCUGCUGCACAGUAUGCAAUAAAGACAUUGAGCAGCAUGUGUGGGAGUCCCAAUGAGGGAGCAUGGCGGUGUCUGCACCACCUGGUGAACUACAUGUUCUUCCACGAGAAUCACGUCACUUGCCUUCGGACUGAGGGCAAAGGCAUCGGCCUGGUUGUCCGAGAUGACACCCACACCUUGGAGGUGUUCGCUGAUGCUGAUUGGUCAGGGAACAAAUCAACACGAAAGAGCACCAGUGCCGGAUGCAUAGCCUUCGAUGGGAUGGUGAUUCACACCUUUUCCAGAAGCCAGAGCUGCGUGAGCUUAAGCAGUGGAGAGAGUGAAUAUAUCGCAUGUGUGAGUGCUACGUGCGACGGCAUCCUCCUUCGCAGUGCCCUGCAGCACAUCAUGCGUGUUGAUGUGUCCAUGCACUUGAGGAAAUGGCCAUUGAACCGCUGGUAG